AUGGGCCAAUCCAGGUGGGGCCUCGCGCCAUGGAUUGUGCUGGGAUGCGCCGCAUCUACUGCUUGGGCAGGCAAACGGCCAUUCAAUAUCCAUGAUGAUUUGCUGGCUUAUCCACAGUACCAAGUAGUCUUCCCCGAGGACUACAUCCUAGAUGCACAGGCCGAAGAACUGCUUCGGACCCAGACGACCCCCGGGACCGAUGAUUCGAGUCACACCAUCCAGAAGAAUCCCCAAGUAUACACGGGCACCCAACAGAAUUAUGGAGAUAGCACUCCACGAGGGAGUGAAGAUCUCAGUCCCUCGGCUUACACAUACGAGGAAAUGAUCAUGGAUGACCGGCGGCUCCUCUGCCAGAUCCCACGCGUUUCACCAGCGGACCACAACAACACGAGUGGCAAGGCCAAUGAAUUGGAUGAGCAAAAAGAACUGGCCCGAGCGACGGAUCGUGGCCUGGAGCUUCUUAGCGAGAUGGAAGGAAAAUGCAUGUACUACUUCUCAGGCUGGUGGUCAUACUCCUUCUGCUACCAAAAACAGAUUAAGCAGUUCCAUGCCCUCCCCGCAGGUCGUGGAGUUCCACACUAUCCACCCGUGGAGGACCCCAACGCCCAUUCCUUUAUUUUGGGACAGUUUGCCCCCGGAGCGAACCGAGGUGUCAAGGAGGAUGAGAAAACACAGAGUCUCAAGACCGAUGUGGCGGAGCUACACACGAAAGGUGGUUCGCGAUAUCUAGUGCAGCAUCUACGCGGGGGUACGAAAUGCGACUUGACGGGACGGGACCGUCGGGUGGAGGUGCAGUUCCACUGCCACCCUCAGUCAACGGAUCAGAUCGGUUGGAUCAAGGAACUGACUACCUGUUCCUACUUAAUGCAGGAUGAAGUGCACAACAUCGAGUGCCGGGAGAUUCUCUUCCCCGAGGACGUUCCUGAAUGGGAAGCCGUGAAAGAGUGGUACCUGGCUCAUCAACUAACGGACUCCGCGACUGACAAUUCCGACAUUCAAAUUGUCGGUGGCAUAGAGGUUGGUGGACAAAAGCUUGUGGGAAUGGAAGGAAAGGUGAUUGAAAAGGGUCGGGUUGCCUUCACCGGUGAGGAACGGGCCGAGGAGCGAGGCGAAAUGGUUGCAAAGCGUGAGAAUGGCGAAGUUAAACGAGCCUCCAAGCAGGUGCUGAAGAAAUAUGACCUCGACCCCGAGAAAGUCGAGGACAUGAAGAAACGGCUUGAAGAAAUCGCCAAGGGCAAGGAUUGGACACUGGAAGUGGUCGAGACCAACGGAGUGAUCAAGUUCCAAGGCAUUGUGGAACCAGAGGAUGAUGACGAAGAAGCCGAGGGCGAAGACAAGAAAGGCAUCGUUUCGUCUUCACGGCCUCCCCGAAAGGACGCAGAAUCGCCUCAAUCCGACAACGCCGUAACCCCGGAUGCUUUACAGCCCGAGUCGCGAGCGGCGGAAGAUCCCGUGAACCGGAACGAAGAGGAAACGGAAGGCAGCGAGGAGACGUUCAAAGAUGAGCUAUGA